AUGUUUGACGUGGUCAAGUGUCUGUUACGGAGCGGCUAUUACUAUGCUCGGUUCAUGGGCGUGAUUAACUUUGAUGUGGAUGUGCGGACAGGUUCAUUGCAUUGGUUGAUGAACAGCAAAGUGAUACAUGGAUUCUGGUCACAAGCUAGUUAUCUUCAUGAAUACGUAUUCAUGGCCAUAUUGGCGUGUCGCGUCCUCUGCAUUGUUUUCACAAUAUUCACACGUUGGUGGCAACGUCGGCUCUACAUUCGACUUGUGAAUUCCUUGCAACGCAUAGCAAAAGAAAGGCCACAAGUGAUGAGAUUGUGGAGACGAGGAGUUAUAGCCAAAGUUGUGAUCAUUACCUUGUCGGAGGUAUUUCAAUUGAUACUAAGUCUUACGGCUCUGCGAGGUAAAUUCUCAUUUCAAUUGUUCUUUGGCCUCGGAAUUCUGUCAGCAAUCACAGCUCAAGUCGAUGUAAUAAUCUGUCAAUAUUAUUUCGCACUGCUGAAUAUCCAUGGGCAUUAUAUUCUACUGAAUGAGGAGCUUCGCCAAUUGCUGGAUGAGACCCGCAGUCUGGAAACUGAACGCCGAAAGGGUGUUUAUAUUAUCAAAUGUUGUGCCCUGGCGGAUCGUCUGGAUGUCAUAGCUGGAACACAAUAUCAGCUGCAGAGAUUGAUCCAGCAGAUAUUGAACAUCUUUGGACUACAGAUCAUGUCCAUGUCCUUUAGUUACUACAUGUCCACAGUUGGUCUUAUCUACUUCACCUUUUCCGAACUUCGUGCCUCGACAAUAACUUUCAUGUGGAGCUACGUGGGAUUGGCGGUAAUGGCCGUCGAAUUUGUUUUUUACUUUACAGAUGUGCAUAUCACAGUCAACGUUAUUUACGCUGUUCUAAAAGUACACUCACUGAUGUUAGAUCUACUCUCCCAGCAUGCAGUGAUUGCUCACAGAUUGGAUGAACGUCUGGAAGCAGCCUUCGAGAGCUUUCAACUGCAACUGGCUUUGAACCCUUUAAAGUUCUCUGUGCUGGGCCUCUACACUAUCAAGAAACCGAGACUUGCAGCUAUGGGCAGCUCCAUAGUCACCAAUUCUUUGGUUCUGGUUCAGUAUGAUAUACAACAUUUCUAA